GCGAUUGUUUUAUCAAGAACAGCUGGCGCCGGAUCGAAGAUCGAACUCGGGAAGAGGAAGGUCGUGGCAAGAACUUUUGGAUAAAGUUUCCUUUUUCUUCUCCUCCUUCCUACAUAAACCAUGUGAAACCGCCGUAAACAGUCGGCUAUUUCACACUGUGCCUUAUGAUCGUUUAUUGGGUCUGAGUUACCAACAAGUAAGAACCACGGUUCGUUACAAGAUGGCAGAGAACAACAACGGUCUGGACCCAGCGUUUCACCACAAAGCAUGGGCGAUCUGCCACGACUACCUCGGGCUGCCCUGGAAGGAAAUUCCGGAGAAGGAGUUCAUCGUUGAGACGCUCCCCGGGGGACUGAGUAACUACCUCUAUAUCUGCACUGUUCCUGACAAAUAUGUAGUCAAAGGUGUUCCACGUAAGAUUUUGCUGCGGAUCUACGGAGAGAUUCUGAGCGACGUGCCGACCGUGAUCCAAGAUUCCGUCAUCUACAGCAUCCUGUCCGAGAAGAAGAUGGCUCCCCAGCUGAGGGGGAUCUUCGAUGGAGGCAGGCUGGAAGAGUUCAAGGAAUCCCGAACCCUGACCACAGCAGACUUGUCCAACCCCACCCUGUCUGCGAUCAUCGGGCGGAAGAUGGCUCGGCUCCACAGACUGGAGAUGCCUCUGUGUAAGGAACCCAAGUGGCUCACUGAGCACUUAAAAAGCUACCUCAGCAACAUCCUGAACAACAUCUCCUUCAAGGACGAGACCAAGUCUCAGCAGCUGAAGCAGCUCCUGUCUUACAACCUGGAAGCAGAGCUGCAGUUCAUUCUCAGGCUGAUAGAAGACACCCACUCCCCUGUUGUCUUCUGCCACAACGACCUGCAAGAGGGGAACAUCCUAGUGGACGACAAGGACGGGGCGGCCCCCACCGACGACAGGGUCACCGUCAUCGACUACGAGUACAGCGCCUACAACUACCGCGGCUGCGAGUUCGCUAACCACUUCUGCGAGUGGGCCAUGGACUACACACACCCCAAGUGGCCUCACUUCACCAUCGACCGCCUGGCCUGGCCCUCGCGGAAGCAGCAGCUCCAUCUCAUCGAGGCCUACCUCUCGGAGAGCGGCGAUGUCUCCGCCGACCGGGAUGCGAUACUACAGGAGGUUGAGAGGUUCGCGCUGGUGUCCCACUACUGGUGGAGCCUGUGGUCCAUAGCACAGGCCUACAUGAGCCACAUAAGCUUCGGGUUCCUGGAGUAUGCGCUGGCUCGCUUCGACUGGUACUUCGAGAUGAAGAAGAACCUUACCUGUAACAGGAAACAUGCCGGGUUAUGAGGAUGAUUCGUAUCAAAUGUUGACAAUUGGCUUUCAGGGCUUGAAAUACUGGGGUUUUGUGCACCCAGGUGCACCAAAAUUGGAGCUGUGCACCCAAUUAUUUUCUGUGGGUGCACAGGGUGCACACCCAAAUAUUUCCAUAGGCUUAUGUAUGUUAAGAUGUCAGUAUACUA